AUGGCUACAAGAAGGCUAUGUGAGCUGAGUGAAGCUAGGAAAUCAUUGGAGUUUCGGCUUGGAAUCACGGAAUCCAUCACGUAUUUGUCCGAAUAUCUCGCCGAGACUUACGUUGUAAAUUUUACCCAUGAUGUAAAGGACCAAAACAAGGAGGGCUGGGAAAACAACGAUGCCGAUGGCAAUGCUAAUGCCGAUGCACAUAGCGCUGUGUUCCUUGUUACCACAGAAGCAACCACCCAUUUUUCCUCAGAUCAGUCGACAAACAACUCUGCACAGCAAUAA